AUGACGAUCGGCGCCGGAGUAUCAAUAAGCGAAGGCCGCCUCCUGGUGCGGGGAAGGACGGUGCUGACCGGGGUGCCGCCGGGCGUCGCGCUGACGCCGGUGGGGGGGGGACGGGCGGCGGCGUUUGUCGGCGCCGCCUCAUCGCCCGGCGAGAGCAAAGCCCGCCAUGUAUUCACGCUUGGGCGACUUCUGUGAGCUCCGACUCCUCUCUCUCUCUCUCUCUCUCUCUCUCCCUCGCCGCUCCAUCCACAGGUCGUUUUCUGGCUGGAAGCAUUUGGACCAAUGAGAACCAGAUCUGCGAUCGUAGACAGUUCUCUUACGGCAUGGUUCCUCUCUGUCUCUCUUUAUCUUUUUCCUCUCUCUGUGCUCGUCAUCGCUGAGACUAGAGGGCAUGGUUAUCCCGAGAAGAUUGCUGCCGCAGACGGCGGUGCCAUGUUUCAGGCUCUGGUCGUCUUCCCUCCCGGAAAGCCUCCGCGGGGUCUCCGUUUUCUUCAGGCGCGUCUCCUGUGGCUCCUUCCUCUGCGGAGGCGCGGGAGAGUCAGCGCCGGCCAUGACAUUGUUCCACGCCCCGUUCGUCAAGGAUGGCAGACUUGAUGUGCGCGGCAGGACGAUGCUCACCGGCGUGCCCCCAAACGUGUUCGUGUCGCCGGCGGGGCCGACUUCGGCCUUCGUCGGCGCCGCCUCGCCUCCAGGUCAGAGGAGAAGCCGCGAUGUCUUUACGUUUGGCACUCUCCAGUCAGUCCUCUCUCUCUCUCUCCCUCAUUCUGAUUCCGUAACGCCAUGAACCUGGUCUUCGUCUUGAAGGCGGGGAGAGACAACCUUAGGCCGUCUCCGUUUGAAGCCUGGAAAACUCCAAGAGAAGCGAUCGCUCUCUGGUUUCCUCGAUUAUCUUGGACCUCUCAUUAGUAUCCUGUUUUCUGUGUUUGCAGAGGGUUUCGAUUACUCUGCCUGUUCAGAUUCAAAAUCUGGUGGAUGAUCCCGCGGGUGGGGAGAUCGAGCUCGGAUAUCCCUCCGGAGACGCAGAUGUUGUUGCUGGAGGUGAGUGAGGACUCCACAUUGGAGGACGAAGCAGUCGAUUCCUCUUCAGACGACACAUUCUACAUACUCGUAUUGCCCGUCUUGGAUGGCGAUUUCAGAGCGAGCCUGCAGGGGAAUUCCGACAACGAGCUCCAGUUCUGCGUAGAAAGUGGUCAGCAGGCCGAACUAGAAGACUCUGUUCUCAGACCGUGUUCUUGAUCUAAUCUUCUUGAGAGUAAAAGAUUGCUUCCCAAUUUCUUUCCGCAGGUGACCCCGGUGUUCAAAUCUCGCGAGUUUCCCAGGCGGUUUUCAUCAAUUUUGGGGACAACCCAUAUGAACUCCUGACGGAUUCGAUCAAGUACGCCCCAUAGAUAACUUGAGAUCGGUUGCUAAUUUUGAUAGAGAAACCUCUGACUUCAACACUUGAAACCUCUGCAACAGGAUCCUCGCCGAGUACCAGGGUAACUUCUCUCAUGUCGAGAACAAGAAGGUGAGGAACCAGUUCUUUCUUCAUCCUUUGCGUACAUCGUUUUCUUCUGUUUUUCAUGGAGAUUUGUAGUCUUCUCUAGCCUCUUUCAUCUGCCAUUUAAUGAGAAAAUGCUGUCAUGUCUCAGAUCCCUCCACAUUUGGACUGGUUUGGCUGGUGCACCUGGGAUGCCUUCUACAACAAAGUCAAUCCACAGGGAAUCAUCAAGGGGCUCCAAAGGUUGCCCCCCCCCCCCCCUUCUCUGCCUCUCUCUUUCCUCUCUCUCUCUCCAUCUUCUGAGAUGAAGAAUUUCUGAUCUUGCAGCCUAUCAGAAGGAGGCUGCACACCAAGCUUCUUGAUCAUUGAUGAUGGCUGGCAAGAGACUGUAAAUGAGUUUCAGAAGGAAGGAGAAGCCCAUGUUGAAGGAACCCAGUGAGUCUCAUCACUGUCCCUGCUAUAAAUUGUUACUCUCUUAAAAUUUGGAUUCCUCAUACGCACAUCAUAUAAACUCGAGAUUAUUUUACACAGAUUCGCCACAAGGCUGGUCAGCAUCAAAGAAAACGAAAAAUUCAGGGAUAUUUCGAUCGAUCAUAACUCUGCCAGUCUAAGAGGGUUCAUAAGGGAAAUUAAGCAGAGAUUUGACCUCAAGUAAGCCCCCAUAGUCCUGUGCCAAAGAUUCUGAUAUCAGGUUCUUCUACACUGGGUUGACCUCGGAAAUAUUUUCAGGUAUGUCUACAUGUGGCACGCCCUUGCCGGCUACUGGGGUGGGGUCCUCCCCACAUCUGAGGCUAUGAAGAAAUACAACCCGAAACUUGUUUACCCUGUCCAAUCUCCUGGCAGCAUAAGCAACCUAAGGGACAUUGCCAUGGACAGCUUGGAGAAGUAUGGAGUCGGAGUGAUCGACCCAGAAAAGAUAGCCGAUUUCUAUAACGAUCUUCAUGGGUAUCUUGCUAAAAAUGGAGUGGACGGAGUCAAAGUGGAUGUGCAGAAUUUGAUGGAAACUCUUGGGUCCGGCCUUGGGGGACGGAUCCUAAUUACCCGGGCAUACCAGCGUGCCCUAGAAGAAUCCGUUGCCAGAAACUUCAAAAAUAACAACCUAAUUUGCUGCAUGAGCCUCAACUCUGACAGCAUCUACAGGUGCGAUGCUUACAGUAAAUAUUCGAUCUUUUUCAUUAGAAAUAAAGAAAUUCUAUGUCCAGCAGCCGUGUUCUUGAGAAAUUAUCUGUUUUUUUUUUUUUUUUUUGGCUCCAGUUCGAGAAAAAGCGCAGUAGCAAGAGUGUCGGAAGAUUUCUCGCCCGGAGAACCCACACUGCAGACAUUGCACGUUGCUUCUGUCUCCUACAAUAGCCUUCUUCUGGGAGAGAUUGUCGUCCCUGACUGGGAUAUGUUCCAAGUGGGUCUUCUACGCUGGUUAUCUAAUUUUCUUUACUUUAGUAUUUUGGAGUUCCUUAGGACUACCAGACCAUCUAACUGAAAAGUAAUUUCGGAUGAUAUGAUAUAAUCACAAUCUUCAUAAUACUCAGUAUGGGACUAUCCUUAAGGCUCUCACUAAUUUUGCCGUAUUUUUCAUUGACUCUAGAGCAAACAUUACACUGCAGAGUUCCAUGGUGUCGCUAGAGCAGUGGGUGGUUGUGGUGUUUACGUAAGGUAAAAGAAAAUAAUAAUUUUUAAUUUUUAAUUAUCCUCAUAGAGAAACAAGUCAUUAUUUACCCUUUUUUUUUAUUUUUGCCUCUAGUGACAAGCCAGGGGAGCAUGAUUUCAAAAUUCUUCAGAAGCUGGUUCUUCCAGAUGGGUCAAUCUUGAGAGCACGACUUGCCGGCCGACCGACUCGUGACUGCUUGUUCAUUGAUCCUGUCAUGGAUGGGAGAAGGUUUUCUCUCCUAAGCAUUAUAUCAACAACUCUGUCCAAUUAUCACUCAUAAUUUCCAUUAUGUUUGUUUACCUUUGUAUUCGUUGGCCAACUGCAGCCUUCUGAAAAUCUGGAAUCUAAACAAGUUCUCGGGAGUUAUCGGUGUCUUCAACUGCCAAGGAGCAGGUUCUUGGCAGAUCAUGGGCAACAAUCAAAAUCCUUCUGUAUCGAAGACUACAGACAUCUCUGGGCAUGUUAGCCCUGCGGAUGUUGAGUUCCUCGAGGAGGUGGGUGGUGAUAAUUGGACUGGAGAUUGUGCAAUAUUGGCCUCUAAGUCAGGUACUAAGAAGCAAUUUGUUUCAUUCUUUUUCUAGAAAUAUUUGGUGAUUUUUGGAUAAAAGAAUGCUUCUAAUGCUGAGAACAAGGAAAUAUUUUAAUAAUUAUGUUAACAAGGAAAUACUUUUAUGAUGUCGGUGCAGCAUUUGCUUCCAGGUCAGGUCUAACUUGGUGAUUCAUUCAUUCCCUUUCUAGAAAUCCUGAUAUUUGGAAACUAAUUAAAAGAAUGGCAUUAAAGUUUGAAAAUUGAUUUUUAUACUAAUGAUUGUGUUGAAUUUGUUUAGUUGUCAUCUUACUCAUUAGCAUAUUUGGCUGGAAUAUUGCGCAGCAUUUGCUUCCAAAGCUGCAUUGAAGAGCAAUUAAUUCCAUUCGAUUUAUUCAAAUUCUGAUAUGAGGAAAUUAAUUAUUAGAAUCCUGCUAAUGCUGAAUAAAGGGAUUCUUUUAGUAAUGGUGUUGAAUAUGUUUAAGAAUCGUUUUGACUCGUUUAUACAUUUGAACGGAGAAUUAUGCUGCAUUUGCUUCCAAGUCAACCGCUAUUAUGGAGCAAUUUAUGUUUUUCUCUUCCCUAGAAAUUUUGAUAUUUGGGAGACUAAUUGAAAGAACGGUACUAAUGGUAAAAACAGAAAAUAAUAAAUAAUUUUCUUGAAUUAUGCUUGAUUACGGGUUCUCAGAAAGUCUUCUUCUGAUUACAGGUUCUCUCUCUAGGCUCUCCAAGAAGGGCACUCUAGACCUCACUCUUGGCACACUACAGUGUGAAAUCUACACCAUUUCUCCGAUCAGGGUCAGUAUCCCCUCGAACUCUCCAGAGUUCAUGUUCCUAGCUCCCAUUUAAUAAAUAAAAAAAACCUAUCCUUUGAUUUUUUUUAAUCUGAUUUUUCUUACCAAACUCUCUGUUGCUGCGUCAGGAUUUCUACCGGAAAGUCCAAUUCGCACCACUUGGUCUCAUCGACAUGUAUAACUCCGGAGGGGCCAUCGAAGACCUUGGUGGCUCUGAUGAACCCUCCUCGGGUUGUAGGAUAAAUCUGAGAUUGUUCGGCUGCGGCCGCUUGGGAGCAUAUUCGAGCAGGAAGCCAAGUUCUUGCAGAGUUGACUUUGUGGAAGAAGACUUCAGCUACGAUCCAGAGGAUGGGUUCUUGGUGCUUAAUCUCUCUGCUGUUUUAGGAGAGAGAAAGAUGAGGGUCAUUGAAAUUAUUUACUGA